CUGAAAACAAAGCAGUGAGUAAGCGGGACGGAGCGAUCUGAUUCAAUCCUGCCACAAAGUAGCAAGAAAGAGAACCCAAACCACAUCGCACUUGCCUCUGGCUGGUGGUCAAAGUGAACGGUGAGCAAUCUAUUGUGAGUAGUUGUGUGAUUGCAGUCAGCAGUGUCAGAAGAAAAUAAUCGCAUAAAAAUCCCCCAAAGUCGAAAGGAAAAAGCUGCCCGUCAUUUUGGAGACGAUCGGAGCAAAAGAAAAAACAACAGAGCAGUAACGAAGAAUCUCGGUGUUAAUUACGUUUCUGUACUUCUUCUAGUGUAAUUUGUGUUGGGUUUUCCGCGUGCAGUUUGCGAAUUCGAAAGAGCAGAAGUUUGCUGUUGAUCGAUUGGACAGUAGCUUUUGCGUGUUUUCCUAUUCGGCGUGCUAUUGUGUUGUCCGGAGAAUUAUCUCUACUAGGCAGGCGGAUUAUCGUCGUAUCAGAGUCGAUCGAUCGAUUUCCUUUUUCUAAAGACGGGAAUCAACGGGUGCCAGAAUCGAAAUCAGAAUCGACUGAUCCUCCGGAGGAAUAAUAAUGUCCCAGUUGCGCUACGUGUUGCUGGCGUUUGCCGUCCUAGCAGUUUCCUGGGCUGCCGGACAAACGAGCGGCUCCACCGCACUACCGCCACUAGCGACGGAUACUUCGACAGCAACGCCGGUAUCGGAUACUAACACAACGGUCCCCACUACUUCUACUACUAGUACGACUCCGGCUACAACGACUAAGGCCCCGGACAACAAUACGACCACCCCUGCGACUACCACUUCCAGCACCACCCCACCAACGACAACCACACCCAGUACCACUAGCACCACUCCCGCCACCACAACGAGCACCACGACUACCCCUUCGCCUACCCCAGACAAUACUACCACGACCAGCACUACCACCCCCUCGCCUACGCCCACUCCCAACCCAACCCCAACGCCCUCGCCGGCUCCCACCCCGGUGCCGCACUGCAAGCGCUUCGACGGGUACUCGUUCGUCGGUGGAAUGAUCCUAGCGUACGGAUCGCUCGCGAUCUCCCUGGUCCUGUGGAAGUUCUACAAGGCCCGCACCGAACGGAACUAUCACACGCUGUAAGGAGCGAGGGAGCAGAAGCAACAGCGAGAAGGAGUGGUGUUUCCAUCUUUACUACUUUGAUCAGACCAAAAAAUGAUAUGUAACUUCUUUUUAUCUAUUCGUGCGAUCAGGGAUUGGGGCUGGACGAUGCUCGUUGGUAGCAGAUUGGAACGGGAGCGUACGAAUCUUUUCUAAUUAUUAUUUUUCUUUACGUUUAGUUAUUUUUUCUUUAUUGAAUUAAUUUACGGAAUUUUUAUUUCUUUCGAAUAUUUUUUUUACAAAAUUUGCUCAAUCAGAAUAGGAGUAAUCUCACUGGGAGACAGUAACUGAUAGGAGGACAGUUGGAAAGGUUUUUUUUUGUAAUCGAAAAUAAAAAAAGAGAGGCAAAUAACAACUUUACUUAUAGUUUGUGUCGAUGUGAUAUGCACUAAUUUGCCAUUCUUCUUCUGAUCGCAGUAAGCACGCAAAUCGAAGUUGGCACAGAAAGUUGUUCUCAUCCGGUAUGUUCCCAUUGGCCGAUUACUGAGAUUCGUAUAUUUGCGGUCGUCUCGAUUGUUCGGAAACGAAUGAUUUUUAGUAAAGAAUCUGCAUUUAAAAAUGAAAAUUAUUUUGUGUCAUAAAUCAAAUUGUGCUGUAAAGAGAGUUGUGGAAAGUAUAGAAACAUUUGAAAAUAUCUCAACCCAUAAGAGAAUCUCCUUAACUGUUUGCUUGAACAUUGUUUUAUCGAAGCUAUUUUGAACUUUGUCGCAUACAAGCAGAAGCAACGACACAGAUGGAUAUGCUCUGUUUAAAAAACAUAUAUUUAAAUUGUCGGCACUGUUAAACACAUCAAAACAUGUGCUUUAUAUCCAAAUUAAAAAGUUUGAAUCGGGGAGGGCGUUACACUUGAAAGUCUGAUGAAUAUCCUAUCUUUUUGAAAUGCGUGUGAACUGAUUGAAUGCAAGGAUGAGUUAAAAAACAGGAACAAAAACGAACAUAUAUAGGAUUCAAUAUGAAGAAAAAUGAUGGAAAGUGCUCUUAAUAAAAAUACAAAAAACAUGAAUGUUUACCACAAAAAAAAAAUCGUUCAAAUAGUUCACAUUAACACGCUAGCAGGCAAUCUUUUAAGUGUUCUGUAAAAAGUAGAUGAAACAAAAAAUCCAAACGUCCAUCCUUGCUGAAAUAUCUUUAACAGCUAGAAGAACGACAACAUUCACCAAGAUCUCGUUUGUAGUUGUUUCCGCUAAAUAGUAAACUUUAACAACAAUUAGCAAUUGAUGUGAACCGAAAUUCAAAAAGCAAAUCGGUAACUGAACGUAUCGGUUUUAGUGAGCUUGGUGCAAUACAAGCACACACGUCCACAAGCAAACAUUGACACACAAACAAACGCAAUCAUUCACACAGACAUCCUGCUAAAACACACACAUACACUACCACUACUAAGUAUGCAUUGCCUAAUGGCAACUGUCCUGAAAUGGUUCCUCGUACUUGUUUCAACUAAACGAUUCAACAUGCGACCGCUCCUUUUAAGAUUGUCGGCGUUAGGUUAACAUAAACUUCAGUGUACCCACACGGAACAGAAGACAUAUUUGUGAAAAAUUGUAAAACAUAAUAAUAGUUUAAAAGAAUAUCGGAAUUUGGCGAGUAUUGGUAGUUUCUAACUUAGUAUACUCAUCAUUGGCAAGUUUUGAGUCGUUUUAGUUUAGAUUUUCGGCCGUGGUAAGCGAUGUAAAAUUCUAGCAAUCAUGAGUGGGCACUGACUUUACUGUUUAAAACAUACUUGUAAAAUAAUCUAUUUCCUGUCUGAAUUUAAUUUCUAAGAAGAUGCUUUUAAGAUAUAAUUUCAAACAAUUUCCCCUUAAAUUUUGCGCAAGACAUGCUAAAGGAAAUAUUACCUGCAUUUCAGCAUGAUAUAUAUGUUCUAGAAUCUCUAUAAACGUUGGAUCAAAACUACUAAACGAUACAAACCGUCUAAAUAAGCUAAGAACAGUACUAUACUCUCCUACUUAAAACAGCGCAUUACAGAAUACAAACCACACAAUAAACAGUACAGAAAUAAAACUGCAAUUCCAACAGGCGUAAAACAAAACAAUUGCAAACAAUAGUGCUACUGCAACAGCGGUCAACCUGAUGAUCAUGAUUGAUGAUGAAUAAAAUUUCCUGGUAUCUCUUGAUAAAA